AGUUGCCUUUUCGACAGUUGCAACAGUUGCUGUACAGUGGCUUCCAAAGGCGGACGUGGCAUAAGCAAGAGGAAGGUCAUCAGGUUCUUUCAGCAUAGAACAAGCAACAAGCAACAAGCGGCAGGAACCGACAGGAACCAACGGCAACCGACAGGCGCCACAUCAAGAACAACAGGCACAAGCCUGUCCGCCUCCCAGUAGAGAAAGCAUUGCCACGACCGAAGCAGCGCUUUUAUAGGCGCACCGGCCCCACGAUUCCCAUGCCAGCGCGCAAGGGGCUGCUAGCGCCCCAAAACACAUUUCUGGACACCAUAGCCACACGGUUCGAUGGCACGCACUCGAACUUUGUGCUCGGCAAUGCGCAGGCAAAUGGCAAUCCUAUUGUUUAUUGCUCGGAUGGGUUCGUGGAUUUGACAGGAUAUUCGCGCGCUCAAAUUAUGCAAAAGGGCUGCUCAUGUCAUUUCCUCUACGGACCGGAUACGAAGGACGAGCACAAACAGCAAAUUGAGAAAAGUCUCUCCGCCAAAAUGGAACUGAAGCUCGAGGUGAUUUUCUACAAGAAAGAAGGUGCUCCGUUCUGGUGCCUCUUCGACCUUGUGCCCAUUAAGAACGAAAAGCGCGAUGUGGUCCUCUUUCUGGCCUCCCACAAGGAUAUCACCCACACCAAGAUGCUCGAGAUGAAUGUGAACGAGGAAUGUGAUAGCGUUUUUGCCCUUACAGCUGCACUGCUGGGCGCUCGGUUCCGGGCCGGGUCCAAUGCCGGAAUGCUGGGCCUGGGCGGCCUGCCUGGGCUGGGCGGGCCCGCGGACAGCGAUGGCGAUGUGGAGGCCGGAGAGGGCAACAAUUUGGAUGUGCCUGCCGGCUGCAAUAUGGGACGGCGGCGCAGUCGUGCGGUAUUGUACCAGCUCUCGGGGCACUACAAGCCCGAGAAGGGUGGUGUCAAAACCAAAUUAAAGCUGGGCAAUAACUUUAUGCAUUCAUCCGAGGCUCCGUUUCCCGAAUACAAAACACAAUCGAUAAAAAAGUCACGCUUGAUUCUGCCCCAUUACGGUGUAUUCAAAGGUUUUUGGGAUUGGGUCAUACUUUUGGCCACCUUUUAUGUGGCCCUAAUGGUGCCCUACAAUGCAGCCUUUGCCAAGACGGAUCGCCAGACGAUGGUCUCUGAUGUCAUUGUGGAGGCGCUUUUCAUAGUCGAUAUUCUGUUGAACUUCCGCACAACCUUCGUCUCGCGCAAAGGGGAGGUCGUGUCGAAUUCCAAGCAGAUUGCCAUCAAUUACUUCCGAGGCUGGUUCGCCCUUGACCUGCUCGCCGCUUUGCCCUUUGAUCAUCUCUACGCCUCCGAUUUGUACGACGGCGAGGAAUCGCACAUCCAUCUUGUGAAAUUGACGCGACUGUUGCGCCUGGCUAGGUUGUUGCAAAAAAUUGAUCGAUACUCUCAGCACACGGCCAUGAUACUGACAUUGCUGAUGUUCUCCUUCACGCUGGCCGCCCAUUGGCUGGCCUGCAUCUGGUACGUGAUAGCGGUCAAGGAGUACGAAUGGUUCCCCGAGAGCAACGUUGUAUUUUUUACAGGGUGGCUGCAGCUACUGGCCGAACGGAAGAACGCCACUGUGGCCAUCCUGACGACGGCGGAAACCUACUCGACGGCCCUGUACUUCACCUUCACCAGCCUCACGUCGGUGGGCUUCGGCAAUGUCUCGGCCAAUACCACGUGCGAGAAGGUCUUCACCAUUAUUAUGAUGCUUAUUGGAGCUCUGAUGCAUGCCGUGGUCUUUGGUAAUGUGACGGCCAUCAUUCAGCGCAUGUACUCCCGGCGAUCCCUCUACGAGAGCAAGUGGCGCGAUCUCAAGGAUUUUGUGGCAUUGCAUAACAUGCCCAAGGAGCUGAAGCAACGCAUUGAGGAUUACUUCCAGACAUCCUGGUCACUCAGCCACGGCAUUGAUAUAUACGAGACGCUACGCGAAUUUCCCGAAGAGUUGCGCGGCGACGUCUCCAUGCAUCUCCACCGUGAAAUAUUACAGCUACCAAUAUUUGAGGCUGCCUCACAGGGCUGCCUGAAGCUGUUGUCGCUGCACAUAAAGACGAACUUCUGUGCACCCGGCGAAUAUCUAAUCCACAAAGGCGACGCCCUCAACUACAUCUACUAUCUGUGCAACGGCUCCAUGGAGGUGAUCAAGGACGAUAUGGUUGUGGCCAUUUUGGGUAAGGGCGACCUGGUCGGCUCCGACAUCAACGUGCAUCUGGUGGCCACAAGCAAUGGACAGAUGACGGCCACCACCAACAGCGCUGGCCAGGAUGUUGUCGUCCGCAGCAGCAGCGAUAUAAAGGCGCUCACCUACUGCGAUCUGAAGUGCAUUCACAUGGGCGGCCUGGUGGAGGUGCUUCGGCUGUACCCCGAAUACCAGCAGCAGUUCGCCAAUGACAUCCAGCACGACCUGACCUACAACCUGCGCGAGGGCUACGAAAAUCAGGACUCGGACAUCGGGCCAUCCUUCCCGCUGCCCAGCAUCAGCGAGGACGACGAGAACCGCGAGGAGGGCGAAGUGGAACCAGCAGACAAGGAAAAUGAUGCAGGUCCGGGCGGAGGAGCCGGUGGUGCUACACCCUCGCCGCUGCACAGCGUAAGCACUGCUUCACCGCUUCAUGCCACACGAUCCCCACUCCUGGGAAUGAACAGUCCACGGAACCAGCGGCUGCACCAGCGCGGACGCUCUUUGAUCACGCUACGGGAGACGAACAAGCGGCAACGGAACCUCAAUGCGGCCUGCAGCCUGGACCGAGGCUCCUUCGAGGAGCCAGACACAGAAGGGGAGGAGUCGGGGGUCGCCAAGCGGCCAUCGCUGGAGCGGCUGGAUUCACAGGUCUCCACCCUGCACCAGGACGUGGCGCAGCUGAGCGUUGAGGUGCGCAAUGCGAUUACCGCGCUGCAGGAGAUGGCCUUCACCUCCACGGCCAUGAACUCGCACAGCUCCUUGAAAUUUCCGCCGGCCCGCUCCAUUCCGAACAUCAGCGGAGGGGCCGGUAAUCGGUCCGGAUUGGGCCUGAAUGAUCCAGCUGGGUUGGACUUGAAGGGCGGACACCUGUCUAAUGGUGCACCAGAGGUGGCGCCUAUUUACAGGAGCUCCUCGCAUCCGCCCGAGGUCUGGGGUCGAGAUGUACAGCUGCCGGGCAGUAAUGCGGCCAGCUCGAAGUCGGAAAAGGCAUCCCCGGAAACACCAGCAGCCGCCGGCGAACACAAUCGGACGACGGCCAACCGCAGCUCCCAGACAGACUUCUACCGCAUCGACUUCCCCACAUUCGAGCGCUUCGUGUUGGCCAAUCCGCGCCUGGUCCUGGGCCUGUUGGGCAUCGAGCCGGCCAUCAAGACCGAAAUGGAGCUCCUGCAGCAGAAGCAGACCCUCCAGAUAUCGCCACUCAAUACCAUCGACGAAUGCAUAUCCCCGGCAGAUCCUACUCUAGGAAGCUCCAAGGAGCGUUUGCUUGGGCCGACGGGAGGGUCGAGUACCGGACGCAUCUAUCCGCCACUGGACGACGAGAACUCUAACGAUUUUCGCUGGACCAUGAAGCAGUCGGCCAGCCACCACAGCUGUUGCAAGAGCACUGACAGCCUGCUGACACCGGAGGAGCAGUUGGCUGCCCAGCAGCCGCCUGUUGAGGGCCCACCUCUGUCCCAGGAGCGAUCCAAGCGCGUUCGGCGCAGCGCAAGUGGUAGCAAUUCGAGCAUAUCCAGCAGCAGCUCCAGCUCCAACAGCUGCGUGGUCUCGCAGAGCACUGGCAAUCUGACCACCAGCGCCUCGGUGCACUGCAGCAGUAGCAGCCAGAGCGUGGCUAGUGUGGCCACCACAAGACGCGCCUCCUGGAAGUUGCAGCACUCGCGCAGCGGAGAGUACCGACGGUUGUCGGAGGCAACCGCAGAGUACUCGCCCCCAGCCAAGACCCCGAACCCGAUUCCGAUUCCAGUGUCAGCGGCAGCAGCCGCCAUAGCCGGUUAUGGCAGGGACGAGGAAGAGAGUGUGGAGCUACUAGGACCUCGACGUGGCUCAAGGCCAAUUCUGCUGGGCGUGAGCCAGGGGCAGGGCCAGGGCCAGGCCGUGAAUUUCCGCUUCUCUGCCGGCGAUGCUGACAAAUUGGAGAAGGGACUGCGUGGCCUGCCAUCCACUCGCUCCCUACGCGAUUCGAGUGGCAAGUAGGAGUAAGAGGCAUUGUUUAUGGAUGACUGGAUGAAUGGAUAGGUGGGUGCGUGAGAGGCUUGAGGGAGGUAUGAGGGUGGCAUGUGUGGACUCAUUUACAUGCAACCCGCUGUGCGUGAUUUAUGGCCUAAUUAAUACUGAAAUACGAAGACGCUUGUACAUUUAAUAUUGUAUCUCUAAGAUACAAAUACGAGCUGAGUUUUCCAUUGAUUUCUCCCUUAGUUAUGUUCUUCAGAUAUAGGUUCAGCCACUUAUCUUUAAAAGUAAUCGAAUAACGUUAGAAUAAUGAUUAAUUCAAGCGAGUAGCUUAACAGAAACGUACAUAUACGAAAUUUGGUUGUUUCCCUUUAGUUACGUUUAAUUUCAACAUCAUUUAAUUAGCUAACUCUGUAUAUUAUAUAAUUAAGAUUUGAGUCUGAUAAGUAUUUAUAUCCCUUAAGUUGCAUUCCCAAAUUUAAGUUUAGGCCAGGCAGGCGUCUAUAAUCAGGGGUGAACCAGAUACAUAUUUAUUGUACAGCAUAUCAGAGAGAGAGAGAGAUCCAAAUAUAUUUGUAGCCUAGUCUAUUUUUGUAAAGACCGCAUCAGGAAUCGUUGAGCAGGCAAAGCAGUCCACCAGUCCACCGAUUGUGUGGCUGUCGGCAGGAAAAGUGCAGUGCAAAGAACAGAUACCUAAAUACAUAUAUUUUUUUUUUCUAAUCAAACAGUUAUAGAUGUUCCAUAUACAUACUCGUAUGAAUGUUAUAUUUAAAUAUACAGAUACCUAGAUAGACAGGUAAAGGUUAUAUUUCACAAUAUCUCAACGGUUAGGCCCAGGCUCAGGCAAUGGAAUGCGAAACGAGGCAGAUCAGCGAAGGUACAAAUCUAAAGACCUCCGAUUAAUGUUAGUUAUAUGUAUGUACCUACUCGUAUAUAUGUAUAUGUGUAUGUAUAUGUGCAUGUGUUUAGAGUUUGCUUAGCAACUGAAAUCACAAGAUUAUUGAAAACACUUUAACAAUGGGUGAAAUAUUAACAAUCUUGAAUUAACGACUCCAAAUCGGAGAUGUUCUCAAUGUAAAGUGCUAGGAAAAGGUUUUCCAAAAAGCUGGAAUUGAGAACAUGCCUGUAUAGGGGGAUAUUUGAGAAAUUGGAGCUACCUGAUUGAGUAUAGAUUAUAGAUCUGGCAAAGUAAGUAAUAGGAAAGUACGUAUUUUGAAGGGGGAUCCCACACAUUUGUAGAAACAUAAGAGAGCCCCAUCCACGCUUCGCUAGUCGGAGAUGGGGGUCCCAUAGAUUAUGCUAAGAUAAUCGACAAUCGUGUGCACAUAAAAUACUGUGUAUAUUGAAUGGACAGAGUUCUGCUUUAAAAGUGAACUUUCGAUCGUUUGGAUAAGAUGAUGAAUUUUGUGAUCCGCAGCGUGGAGAGGCAACAUUAAUUAAUCGACAGAGUGUUUAAUUCGGUGUUUGUUCAAUGGUUACAAUGUUCAACUGAAAACUGAAAACUGUGUACAUUUCUGGCAUCCCAUGUAUAUCCUGGUAUAUGUACAUAUAUUGUAGUAUAUGUAUAUCUGAAUGUGUACAUUUGUAAUUUGCUCCCAAGAACUAUAAAGACUUAAGCUUCAUUCUAUCUUUGAUGUAAGCAUUCUAUGAUAAUAAGUGUGUAAGUUUUAUAUGUGGUUAGAUGGAUAAAAACGUCCACAUAUGUUUUAGCCAAGCCAAGCAAACUGGCCUACAACCUAAGCAGAACUUUUCAAUUGAGAUCUAUUAAAGCCAGCUACCAGACAGAGCAUCUAUUAAACGUUUUUAAAUGUUUUAACCUAAUGUUAUCAAGACUAUAUACAAGUUAAUACAUGUAGUUAUACACAAAAAUCAUACAAGAAUAUCCGAUAUUUCAAUAAACAAUAAACUUGA